CUCGGCUCUCUCUAUCGAUCCAGGGUUCAGUAGAAAACCCAGCCAAAAUAUUCUCCAUCAAUGGGUUCCACAGCAAAAGCACAGAAGCACGUAUUGGUUCUCUGUACGUGUCAUUGGCUGGCCAGCUGAGCCUUCCCAACGGCUACGCACACGUCCCCCACUCCCCCCCACACUCAAAGUUAACGAUUGACUUCCCCGCUGCAAACUCGACGGCGACGCAGACCGCCGCCCUAUAACUAUUGCGACGCUCCAUCUGCGUUACCGAUCGAUUACCUGCCUUAUGCCACCACCUAUGGCGACGUCUAGCCGCCGUGCGACCCCUGCCACCAUCCAUCGGACGGCCUCGCUUCUUCUAAUAGUGCUUGCGCUACUUCUCGUCACACCUCGCCGUGUCAGCGCCCAAUCCACCGCCACACCCUCCGGCGACGGCCCCUCCGGUUACUCCGUCAGAAUCAAACCCGGCGUCGCCGCCCUCGUGAUCGGUCUCAUCUGCGGCUUCUUCUUCCUCGGCUUCUUCGCCGUAUACAUUCACCAAUGCAGCUCGGGUAGCUCCGGUGGGACCCGACCCUCAGGGGCAGUGGAGUCGCGGGCCGCCGCCAGUCGAGCGGCGCGGCGAGGGCUCGACCCCGAGGUGCUCGCUUCGUUCCCCACCAUGGCGUAUGCGGAGGCAAAGGAGCACAAGAAAGGGAAGGGCGCGCUGGAAUGCGCCGUCUGCCUCUCCGAGUUCGCCCACGACGACACCCUCCGGUUGCUCCCUAGAUGCUGCCACGUGUUCCACGUCGACUGUAUCGACGUCUGGCUAGGCACCCACGUCACCUGUCCCGUCUGCCGGGCCAACCUCGCGGAGCCGGAGCCUGCGGACGCCGCCGACGCAGCCUGCGAAUCCACGCCUACGGAGGACGUCGGAGCGACGGUGGAAGGAGAUCUCGAGGGGGGGCGGCUGCCGGCGGUGGGGUACCGGAGAUGGCACUCAACGGGGCACAAGGGUGAGGAGGUGGACCGGUACACGCUGCGGCUCCCGGGGCACGUAAGGCAGGAAAUCUUCACGGCAGCGGGGCUCCGGCGGGCGGCGAGCGUGGCGGAAGCGCGAGCCCGCGGGGAGGCGAGCGGGAGCAGGGGGUACCGAGGGGGGCGGAGCGGUCGGUGGGGGUUCCUGCUGCGGACGUUCUCGGUGAGGCGGCGGGCCGAUGGGACAGCGACGGAGGGGUCGAGCAAACGGGUAUACCCGUCUGCGGGAGCUCCGCUCAACCUUGCUCUCGAAAUAGGAGGGGGUGGAGCAGCAAAUUCCGAGCCCGCAAAGGAGGAGGAGGCGGAGGCGUCGUCGUCUGCUACCCUCGCAGCAACGGAGCGCGUUUAAUGUUCAUAGACCAAGCGCCAACAUGGCAAGUUGUCGGCGACAGGAUCCUUCCGCAAGAUUUAUUCUGUACAUGGACCAAGUUGUUUCGUGCAUCCAAAACAUGCAAGAUCGUUAAUUAGAAGGGAGAUAUGGAAAUUCUGUUUAGGUUUUGAGUGCUUGCAGUAUCUCUGUUCUUGGAUUUAUCAUCUAUGAUGAAUCUUUUCUUCGCAGAAAA